AUGGCUUCCGUUCUGGUAGAUCAACUUUUACUUGUAACCUUAGUUUUCAUUCAUAUAUAUAUAUAUGAUUCUUUUCGCGAUAACUGUCAAGUAGAUGUAAUCUACACAGAUUUCUCCAAGGAUUUUGAUCGUGUUGAUCAUAAUCAUCUUAUGUUAACUCUAGACUCUAUAAGAAUCGGCGAACCACUAUUAUCCUGGUUUCACUCUUACAUUACAAAUAGGAUCCAAUGGGUAACUGUUGAUUUCACCUCUUCCGACCACUUUAUCCCCUCCACAGGUGUACAACAAGGUGCUGUUCUUUCUCCACUUCUGUUUGCCCUAUUCGUAAACUCAGCGCACUCCGUCCUCCAGCAUUCCAAACUUGUUAUCUUUUCUGAUGAUAUAAAAAUCUUUUUCCGUAUAAAAUCCAUCUCUGACUGUCACCUUCUUCAAAACGACCUUCAGCGAUUAGUGGCAUGGGGUGAAUCUUUGAGGCUAGCUCUUAAUAUAACUAAAUGUUCAGUAAUGACUUUUUGUCGUAUUAAUACUGUAAUCGAGCAUGUUUACUCCAUAAACAAUACCACCUUAACAACUUGUAAUAAUUAUGUAAAUGAUUUAGGAUUUACUCUCAUACGGAACCUGUGCCCUAAUAUGCACAUUCAGAUAAUAUGUUGUAAGGCUCUUAAACUGCUAGGUUCCAUAAACCGUGUCUCUACAGACUUUCACUUGAUCACACCUCUAAAAACUCUUUUCUGCUCCCUAGUCCGUCCCAUCCUUGAGUAUGGUUCCGUCCUCUGGGACCCGUCCACCGCUUCUGCACGUAGCAUGAUUGAAAGGGUUCAAAGAAAAUUCCUCCGUCAAGCUGCUUACAAAUUAAAGAUAGUCUGUCCACCACACGAUUACACGCCUAUCCAACGUCUCUUUUCCUUAGAAAUCCUCGCCGAUCGUCGUCAUUCAGCUAACUUAUCAUUUCUAUCUAAUCUUCUUUCAUCUAAAAUUGACAGUCCUGAAUCACUAUCCCGUGUCUCAUUUAAUGUCCUCUCCCGCCGUACACGAUCAUCUGUUCCAUUUCAUAUACCUUUUUCCUCCUCAAACUACUAUCUUAUCUCACCGAUCAUCCGUCUUGUGCGCAUUGCCAACACUGACCCUUCAUUCUCUCUCUAA